AAUUCAGGGUUUCAUGAUUGCAUUUUUCUUAUAAUUCAUGAUUAUAAGACUUUUUAUUUUUACUUUCUCUUUUUUGUGUAAAAAAAAAGAAUUUAAUUAAAUAAUGACAACAAGUAUACACAUAUAUAUGUGUAAAAAAACAACAACAUAUAUAUCCAUAUCCAUAUAUAUAUUUUUUUAAACCCCUUAGUGGCAUAGCAUUUUCCCAGGGUGCCCACGUGAACUCCCUUUCCUAGAGUAUUCUAUGUCUCAGGGCUCUCUUAAAUUUCUGCUGUUACGACAGAAAGGAUGUUCAUAACAAGUUUUUCCUGUGUGAUGUCACUAUGCUCCUAGCCUUUAUAUACUGCAAAAAAGUUGGGAAGCAUUGAAGUCUCAGAGUUGAGGACAGAAGAGAGAUCAUAUUUCACCAGCAUCUAUCCCAAGAACAAAAAAGUCAUGUCCAGCAUCAGGCAAGGCAAUAGAUAUUUAGCACUUUUAACUUUUUUUCUGACCAGCCUGAAGGUCACUGUUGCCUAUCCCAAUUCAUCGCCCAUUAUAAGCUCCGGAUGGGGAAGUCCAGACCGACUGAUGCACCUGUACACGGCCACCGAAUGGAACAGCUUCCACCUCCAGAUCAACCACGACGGCCACAUUGAUGGGUCACCACACCAAACCAUUUACAGUGCAUUGAUGAUUAGAUCAGAGUCUGCCGGCAAAGUGGUGAUCACCGGAGUCAAAAGCGGGCGUUACCUGUGCAUGGACCGAUUCGGCAAUGUAUUUGGAUCACACUACUUUAGCUACGAUGACUGCGUCUUCAAGCACGAGACCCUCGAAAAUCGCCAUGAUGUCUACCAUUCCCCAAAGCACAACUACCUGCUAAGCCUCAAGAAGCCAAAACACUUUUUCCGCCCAGGAAUGGACUUGCCUCCCUAUUCACAGUUUUUGUCCAUGGAGAACCAAAUCCCGAUCACCAGAUUUAUCACUCCCGAGCCUGUUCGACACACGAGAAGCGCCGAACUGUAUCCAGAUCCUCUUAACGUAAGUAGAGGAAAGAAGCUCACUCCGAAUAACCCAACACCCAAAGAUGCUCAAGAUGUCAAGCCUUCCGACCCCCAGGAGCCCUUGAGACCUAAUAAAAAUGAAAAGGAAGACCCUGAAGACCCAAGUGGUGUUAUCACCAUAAGAAAAGUAAAUCCACGUGACUAUUUUUAUAAGAUGACAUCCCAACUCAGUGGCUUCAACUGAUACAAAAGUUCAUCAAAACCUAGCAUAGGUACUAUAACUUUAAGGUUAAGUUUCCACUUGGUUUUUUUUCUGGCAGUUUUUGAGCCAAAGCAAGAAGGGUAUUCAAAAUGAAUGGGAAAUAUAAUGGAAGGGCUUACACUUCUUCUUCCUUAUGGAUCCACUUCUGACUUUGGCUCAAAAACUGCAGUUUUCCAAAAACUGCCAGAAAAAAAAAAAACAAGUGGAAACUUAGCCUAAGGGAAAGUCACUAAAAUCCUUAUCCUUAUUUAAUACAAUGAUUUAUUAACCCGUUCUUUUUAUGAUUUUCUAUGGUUGAGGUAGAGCACUUCUGUUUUUACUGCAAAACCUAUGCAUUUGCCCAGAAAAGUCCUUGAGUCAUCCUCUCCGUUUGUCUUAGUUUGUCUAAUAGGGCAUAUGAAGGUCAUAAGGGGAGUCUGAAAAGCCCCCAUGUAAUGCAACAUUUCUGGUUGGCUGCGGUGUUUGUCGGGGGUCGUGGGAGCAGACCUCCAUCGAUCAGUCAAUCCUGGUGGAGGCUCUGAUGAGACAACCAC